CUUAUACCCUCUUUUUGUUUCCACGUUCCCUCUUGAGUCUUCACCCUAGCUCCUCUCUCUCUAUCUCUCUCUCUCUAGCUUUAUUAUUCUUUCAUGGCUGAAAGCUUGAGAAUCACAGUCGAAAGGAACCCUUCAGACGCACGGCUUUCAGAGUUGAACAUCAAGUGCUGGCCUAAAUGGGGUUGCUCUCCAGGGAAAUACCAACUAAAAUUUGAUGCAGAAGAGACAUGUUAUUUGUUGAAAGGGAAAGUGAAGGCAUACCCAAAAGGGUCUGAAUCAGAAUAUGUGGAGUUUGGAGCAGGAGAUCUUGUUGUAAUACCAAGAGGACUCAGUUGUACUUGGGAUGUCUCUGUAGCCAUUGAUAAGCACUACAAGUUUGAGUCUUCUUCUUCUUCUUCUUCUUGAAUUCAUCACUACUGAUCAUCAAUUCAAUUGUUAAUUUCCUUCUUCUAA